AAUAUUUUGACAUUAUUCUUGGGAAUCACUUUAUGAGUAGCAUUUGGUGAUAAGCCGUUCAUAAACUUGCACGCAUUGGUUAUACAGCUCUAAAUUGCAAAAUAAUUAUUUGCUAAGUGUAAUAUUAAACAAUGUCAAAAAAAGAGAAUCGACGCAUCGGGUCGUUUGUAGUACUCGAUUUAGAAGCAAGCACUUAUGAUGGAGAUUUAAGAAAGCUAUCCAUUAUGGAGUUGACCAUGUAUGGUUUUCCAGCCAAAGAUUUGCAAACAGAUCCAAUAAAAGUGACAAAAACAAGUGAAAUGUGUGUGCCGCCACCCUCACCGAAUUUGAAUAAACUUACAUUGAUAAUCAAUCCCAGAAAGGUUAUUUAUCCAAAAAGCGCUGCUUCAACGGGACUGGACAAUUAUAUAUUAGAACAUGAGUCACACUUCGAUGAGAACUGUGCUUGUCUUAUUGUAAACUUCCUUAAUCGCCUGCCACAACCAGUAUGUCUGGUUGCACACAAUGGUGAUAGGCAUGAUUUUCUGAUAGUCAAGAAUAUGUUCAAUAAGUUAAGUAUGCAACUUCCGAAUAACAUUCUUUAUGUAGAUUCUUUACAUGCAUUUUGGAGAAUAAAUUUCGACCAUACAUUUCAAACCACACCCAAUGGCAAAUAUCCACCCAAAGGAGUAUAUAAAUUGAACAAUAUUUAUAAACAAAAUUUUAAGAAGGACCCCGAACUGAGACAUCAUGCUGAAGCAGACGUGGAGACUUUGACUCACGUAAUAAGACUGUAUGGAAAAAGGUUUCUUGCCUAUGCAGAAGAUCGUGUCAGUGAAUUUAUAUGCUCGGACGAACGCAAAUGAAGUUACUUAGAAUUGAAAAGUCAAACAAACAUUAAAGAAUCUAAUUUCUAAAUCCA